AUGCCUGAGUAUGAGCUCCUGUAUUUCGCAGCGCCAGGCCGUGCGGAAACUAUCCGCUUGAUGCUGCAUUAUGCUGGGAUUCCUUUCAAAGAUACUCGAGUUGACUUCAAAGAAUGGUCGGAGCUGAAAAAGAAUAAAGAGCGUGAGCUUUUGCGACUAAAUUUGUAACGUUCAAUAAGUCUGACAAAAUCCUCACCACAACGAACUUUUCCAAAGUUCGACCUCCCCAUAGCGGACGAUCGCAGAGGCUACAAAAGCCAACUCCAGGCGAAGAUAACCCCUCUACAAUGAAAUGCUUCUAUAACAAACAAUUUUUUUCUUGCGAUUCAUUGAAGUAGGCGCCGCGCAAAACGAUUGUCGCACGUUUAGAGCUACUAAUUCAUUUGGAUUUCUAGAUUUCCAAAAGUGUUCCCCUUUUUAUUCUCUAAACUUCAGGUGUUCCCUACGAAGUGCUUCCAGUGUUAUUUGUGGAUGGUGUCCCAUUAGCCGAAAGUCAUGCAAUUUAUCGCUACGUAGCAGAAAUCACCGGCCUUGACGGUGGCCCAGACCCUCUGGAACGAGCCUUUAUUAGUCAGGCUCACGAGUUAUGCAGAGGCUUUGCUGACGCCGCGUUUCCCUACAUUUAUGUGAUGAUGGGAUUCUGGGAUGAUGAUAAGGUAAAUGAACUCUAUUUUUUGCCUCAUUAAAAAAAUUUCCAGGACAAAUCUUACAAUGAGGUUCUUCUGCCCAACGUCGAAAAGCAUUUCCCCAAAAUUCUAGCGCAACUGAAGCCCUCCGGCUACUUUGGCAAAGCCGGACCAACUUUUGUCGAUUUUUAUUGGGCCGAAAUUAUUGGGCAGUAUAGACAAUUUUGCCCGGAACUCAUGGCCAAGUAUCCGCAGUUUGAGAAGCUCCGGGAGAGAAUAAACUCGCUUCCGCAAAUCCAGGAGUAUCUGAAAAAUCGACCGGAAACAAAGACUUGGAUGAGAUCAGAAAAGUCGCCGAGUGUGUGA